AUGUUCACAAACCUCCAGAUAAGGCCUGCCAAGACCCGACGCCGCAAGCCUAGCUUGUCUAUUCGGGCUGGCGUCUCAAAGCGCAGGGUUUCCACUGUUUCGGCAUUGAGUGCGAGCAUUGUUCCGUCCGUGAGCUUCAUGGAAGGCCUGUUUGGCGACGAAUUCCCCGAGGCCUUCGGGAGCGGGGCCCAGAACAGGAAGACCAUCACGGACUUGCCAUCGGAACUUCUCGAAAUUGUCUGCCAACACAUCUCAAAGCUCGACAUCAAGCGACUGCGGCUCACGAGCAAGCAUUUGGCGGCCAGCGUGUAUCUGCGUAUAGAUCGCGUCUAUGUCUCGCCUAAUCGAGCUAAUCUGGACUAUCUGCAUCAAAUCAUGGCUCAUCCGACGUACAAAAACCGUGUGCUCGAGAUUGUCUGGGAUGAUGCCUUGCUCAAUGAGUAUUCGACUUUGGAUGAUUUCCGCCAAGCUGUUCUCGCCGACGAAAGAGAGGUUACCAGGGCGAUUGAAAGCCGACUCGAGGAGGCCAUGGAGCUCUAUGGCGACGAAAACCCUGAGCAUCGAUCAUUAUCGGUGGCAGACCUAAUCGAGGAUGGUCGGCUGACCGAGAUCGCAAAGGGCAUCCUCUUGCGAUAUGAUGACCACUUCUCAAGAGACGUUCUGGCUAGAAAUGCCACAAUGAUGAGCAUUGAAGACAGCUAUGCGCUAUACCAGGAGUUGUAUCGUCAAGAACAAGAACUUGUGGAACAGCAGGUCGAUGCAGCUGCAUUACAUGAAGCACUAGCCAGCUUUCCAAGCGUAAAAAGGAUCACGACCACAAUCGACGCGUGGCCUGCAUGGGAUGUAUCGCCUCGGUACAACACGCCCUAUCAGCGUUCACUGCCUAUGGGCUUCCGCAAACCAAUUAUCUGGCCAUGGCUCCGAUCUCCUCAAGAGGCAGAGCGUAUAUACGAUCAGUGGUCCUCACGAGCUGCCAAGCUCAAAGAGAACGGAGAAACUUUACCCAGACCUUAUGGCGUCGUAGUUUCUGCAAUCCUCGCCAUGCCAACUCCGCGGAUAGAAGAGUUCGUCAUUGAAUCGGAAUAUCAAGCCAACUACCACCACUGCUUUAUCUCUAAAGCUGCUUCACACAACUACCAAAGCACCAAGCAGAUGUUUCAGAGAACACCUCUGAAGCACGUCAAGUUAACAGUCACCCCCUCGAAUGAUUAUCUGUACAACGAAGACAGCUUGACCAAUCUCCAGUCGUUAUUGGCGGAACUACGGUACCUCGAGCAUAUCGACCUGAGUCUCAACGAUAAAAGAUCAGGUCGGAGUUCGCGCCGGUUUCUGCAGUUCAAUCCUAUUCCAGAGGCGGUAAGACCGCAGUUGAAAACGCUCACCUUGCGGAACGUCAAGCUAUCCCCACAGGACUUGCUCGAUCUCCUCACGUCAUCGGUAAAUUUACAGCAGGUCACUUUGUAUCAUUGUUUCCAGCGCAUACCACCACAGUAUGGAUUCCCUUGGCUCUUCCAUAAGCUCAGGAAUCAUUACCGCGAUACGAAGGAUGUCAGUAAACCGAGCUUUAGGGUCGCAGCACCCCUGUCCGGUCAGUACUCACAGGUUGUGGAUGACGAGGUUGAUGCCUUUCUGUAUGACGAAGACGAGCCCGAAUGUCCUUUUUUGAAGCAGCCUGCGAACAGAGAACCUAACGAGAUUAAACCACACAUGGGAUGGAAGGUCUGGGAUAAAGAUGAGAGUGUGAGGGAACGGAUGGCUGAAGUGAUUGAGAGAGAGGAGAUGCAAGAGAGGGAUGAGGAGAUGUAG